GCCUUUUUUCGGUAAACACAAACGGACCCAAAUGAAUUUAGCUAUGAAGAUUCUCAAUAAUCAUUUUGUGGUUUGAAUAUGAUAAGUUUAGUGAACAAGCUCGCCACAUAAAUCCCUUGCCCUUAUACCCAAAUGAUUUUUUCUCUCUUGAUUAGUACAAUGGCGCAAGAAAUGACGCCGCAACCAUUGAAAUCCAACAAUUAUUCUCCUGCUAUGACUUCAACUUCCAUUGUGGUUUUAUUGAUUGAGAUCAAUUUCAUUGACUGAUAACUCUGGAGGUAGUUGAGUUAGCUUUGGCCGUUACUCUUCUUUCUUUUGUUCCAUUUUGGUUUAUGCAGAAAGGAACUUAAUCAUACUCAUGGAGGACAAGUGUGCAAUCAAGGCUGAUGCCACUGAACUAAUAGGCAAUACCCCUAUGGUCUAUCUCAACAAAAUUGUAGACAAUUGCUAUGCAAAGAUUGCUGCCAAACUAGAGUCAAUGGAGCCUUGUUCGAGUGUGAAAGACCGGAUUGGUCUCAGUAUGAUAGAAGACGCAGAGGAGAAGGGUUUGAUAACACCAGGGAAGAGUAUUCUCAUUGAGGUCACAGCAGGAAACACCGGCAUUGGACUGGCAUGGGUUGCAGCAAUCAAGGGCUAUAAACUAAUUCUCAUAAUGCCAGCUUUCUUCAGCGUGGAAAGAAGAAUUCUAGCACUUGCUUUUGGAGCUGAGUUACGUAUCCCCGACCCGGAAAUGAGUGGUGAGGAAAUUCUAAAGAUGGCUGACGAACUUGAAAAAUCCACACCCAAUGGAUAUUUUCUGAGGCAAUUUGACAACCCUGCCAAUACAAAGAUUCACUAUGAAACAACUGGGGUGGAGAUAUGGAAAGAUUCAGAUGGUAAAGUUGACGCUCUGGUAGCUGGGAUUGGGACUGGGGGAACAAUAACUGGUGCAGGGAAGUUCCUUAAGGAGCAGAACCCAAAAAUCAAGGUAUAUGGAGUAGAACCAGUUGAAAGUGCAGUGUUAAGUGGAGGAAAACACGGCCGCCAUCUCAUACAAGGGAUUGGUGCUGGUAUCAUCCCUUCAAUUCUGGACGUUGAGUUACUCGACGAGGUUAUUCAAAUAUCAAGCGAGGAAGCGAUUGAAACUGCAAGGCUACUUGCUCUAAAAGAAGGCCUUCUGGUGGGAAUUUCAUCCGGUGCUGCAGCAGCAGCUGCGAUCAAGGUCGCAAAACGACCCGAGAAUGAAGGAAAACUCAUUGCUGUGGUCUUUCCGAGCUUCGGUGAGCGGUAUCUAUCGACUUCACUCUUCGACUCAGCCAGGCAAGAGGCAUUAAACAUGGCGUACAGUUGAAGAGACAAAUAAAUCAGGAAACUGAUUAUUAAUUUCCUCUCUAGAUUUGAGAGUAGAAUAAGUUGAGAAUCUAAGCUUCCUGUUUAGAGACGAGCCCACUUGUGGAAAAUGUGGAAAAUGUAAAUGACAAAUAUGCAAUCAAAACAUGUUAUGUACAUUUAAUACAGCAGGUUCUUGCAGGAUUCUGGAAGAACAAAAUGUUAUUCGAGGAUAUUAAGAGGUCUAAGUCCAAAGGCCUACUUUUUCAA